UGCGCAUCAUACAUGCCCGUGAAAUCGUCCUCUGUGGAUGUUAUUGCUGUUUUUACGUUUGUCGGCAGGUUGUUUUUUGUCAAACGGUUGUGAUAUUAGAUGAAUGUUUAGUUGGUAAUCAAACCGUGUUUGAAAGAUGACUUCCAGGGGUACGCCGAGUCGCUUUCUGAGAAGUGUUCUUCAGAACGGACUCGGCCGCUAUGUCUGCCAGCUGAAACGGAUUUCUAUCAUCUUCUCUAAAACACACCCGAGCUCGUUGGGAGUCAGGGAGUAUAUUGAAGAAGGAGUGGUGGAUUAUGCCAAGAAGAACCCUGGUACAGUCGUGUAUGUGUCUCCUCAGACCAGCACGGUUCCCAAAAUAGUUGCAGAGUAUUUAAACGGGAACGUGCGGGAAGAAAUUGUCAUCCGCAAAACGCCACAGCAGAUUUCAGAGCUUUUUACUAAACUGACCAGUCAGUCUGGCUUGGACAUCAUUCGCAUCCGCAAGCCCAACCACACAGACAGCCCAAGUAUCCAGGGCCAGUGGCACCCAUUCACCAACAGGCCCCCGUCAAUUGGCCCCAUUAAACCACAGAAGCAGCUAAAUCAGAGCUAAAGUGAACCAAUAGGGAAAUAAAUGUUAACCACUUGAAUAAACCAGUCUGCGCAGGGCCAACUACUUCUCAUGUUUUCAGCUGUUUUCCUUUGUUUUUCUUGGAUAUUUCUGCAGAAGACCCCACUGCUGACUGGGUGUUUUUUUCCCAUGCCCUUUGGUCUGGUGUUGGCAGUGAAGCUGCUUGUGCCGUGCAGAACAACACAUGUGCUCCCAGCUCUGAAUGCCACAUUUAAAUAGACUUCAUUUGAAUCCACCAGAGGCUUGUCGGUUGGCAUAUUCAAAAACAGAAAACAGUUGUUUUUUUGUAAUAUUUGAAGAUUCAUGUAAUAAGUGCAGCACAAUAGAAGUUAUUGUGAAAUAAAAACAUUUUUUUUGUAAA